AUGGCUUUUAAGAAAUUGGUCAAUAAGCUUCUCUUGGUAUUCAGUGACNAGUUUGAGCUUUGCGUUGGUUCUCAAGAUUACGCUCCGCUUCUCCAACCAUCUCGACUAAUUCAUGAUUUGUUGAGAUUUAUAUCACCUGUUAAACUUUUCUAUCUUGCCCGUUCUAUGCUGAAGAAAAUGGAUGGGGAAGAAUUGGGUAGCACAAUGAUUCUCAGUUUGGGAUUCGAUAUUGCUGCCGGAGCUUUUGAAAUGCUUAUAUUGUAUUCACACCAGACGGCUUCUAAGAGAAGAGUAUAUGAUUUGCUGUGGGAAUUUGAAGAAGAGAAUUAUGACAGGAACCUCAUUGAGGAAGUCUAUAACCUGGCGUGCAGGUUUUCUACCUCUUUUGGUUUGGUUUCGGCAGAUACUUGUUUGCUUAAAGUUGUUGGUGGCAUUUUCAAGGGGAAACAUAAUCAGCAUUGUAGUGUUCUUCACCCGUUGAACCUGAUAAUUUCACAGAUUGUUGGGAGAACUCCUAAAGAGUUGAUUAUCCAUUGCAUUAACCAGGCAAGCAUGACCAGAGCCAAGAUAUUGUUCUAUCUUGUGGAGUCUAGUCCCUUGCAUCUGUCAAUAUUUGGACACCAUUUCUUUGCCAAGCAACAAGAUCACUCUACGCUUACAGUUGAUCAGUUUAUCAUGCUUCUGCCUGCUGUGCUGUCGUAUCUGGCAUCAGUUUCUGCAAAACUCGAGAAGCCGUGUUUGGAUAUAACUGUUUAUUCAAAUAUACUAGUAAAUGGUUUCCUUCAGUGGCCGGAUUUUUCGUCCCAGGACAUCUUUGAAGAGAAGUAUGAAGAGAUUCUUGUGUCGAUGACUGAGGAUAUCGACACUAUGUUUGAUGCGAGUCUUCUUGGGAAGGCAGUACGUAUGUUUCAGUAUCACUUGACUGAAAGUCCAACUAGAACAAACGAGCUCUUAAAGAUAUUAUAUUCCAUGUUUCCUCACACUAGUGCUGACAAAGAGAUAAAAGAAGUAGACGUUUGGCCAGUAGACCAUAUGUUGAAUGUUGCUAUCCGCGAAGUUGCAAAAGUAGAACUUGCAAGGAUUUGUUUGUUUCCUGAGGAUAGAAGUAUGUGGGAAGCAAGUAGUUGUGUGAAUGCAACUUCUCCAGAAAUAGGAUCCAACAGAGAAAAUCUAUUAAAUCAGCUACUAAAUGCUUUAGUUAAUACUUGGGAAUGUGUUGUCAAGCUAUCUGACGAUUCUUUUAAACAGAAUUCUGAGGCGGAACAAGAGAACUAUCUGUUCCUGUGUAAAAGCCUUGAAAAAUUCAUUUUGAGAAGUAUUCUAAAGUUUUUGGAAGAGGCAUGCGUGGAGCUUGUUCAAUUGGAUUCCCUUCCUUUCCUUGAGAGACUGAUGGAAUCAGUUCUUCAGUAUAGAUUUGAGGACUCAAAGACAUUGAAGAUAAUGACGGNAAUUUUCUCCUUAUUGUCUANAGGAAAGUGCUNGUAUNCACCAUACAUCCAACUCUUAGAUACUCGGCUUCCACCGAGUUUCAGUUCUCUAUCCCUAUCGACUUCACAUACUGGUGAAUUAUCCAGCAUUCUAAAACAUCUUAUCAUCUCCAGUCCAAAUUCUGUCGGAGUUGGAAGUUGUUGUCUCGAUGCACCUGACUAUGCGGUGCAGUUGGAAAUUGCCAAAACUCUCAGAGUUCUGCUUUCUAAAUGUGGAAAAGAUUCAGGAAUCAAUCUGAAAGACCUGCAUUUUCUUGUUUUGUCUUCUUAUGGUGCAACUCUGAGCGAAAUCGACUGA